GCCGGAUGAGUAUGUGGGGGGAGUGAGAAAGGGGGUGUGAUGUGGCAGGGGAAGGGCCAAACCGGGGAGAACUCUGAGUGGACGUCGGGAGACUCGGAGGAACUGAUGGAAGCCAAGGUACUCGGAAUGGAGGGACGAUGAGUGGAUGGGGUGGGGAAUCAGGAGGAGGUUCCACUCCAGGAUUUGGAAAUGAAGGAACAGGUCACAGGGCAUACGGAGGCCAACGUCGAGAAAGUGAGUGAAGGCCUUAGUGGAGGAGAUGCGACCAAGACACAGGAUACAGGGCUGAAGGAAGGAGUUAUCGAAAAGGAGGUUGAAGGGGUAGAUUCGGGGGAAGAACAGGAGGAGCUAUAUGAGAAUGAAGAAACGGGUUUAAUUCGUUGUCACAAUAUUGGAAACAUGACCUCUCCGCCUAACCCCUCCACGGAGUGGGCUAGCGAAGACAAAGAGAAUCUUAAUACAACGGCGAUUUUUCUACUGGACGAGGAAGAUCUAGAGGACUUGGUGGAAAAAGGAGAAGAGGCGAAAGAAGUAAAGGAUGAGGCUCUGAGAGAACACUCUGAUUACUUAGAGGAGAUAGUGGAUGAAGGCAUGGAGGGAGUGGUGGGAACGGAUUUGUGUGAUCAUGAAUCGGAGGAAGACUUUCUCGGAGUCACGGGGAAGGAAUUGGGUUGUGAUCCUCUUGAAGUGGAAAAAUAUAGUAUACUUAUUAUUUAUGAGGAAAAGGUUUAUACCCCGCCUCGAUCCCCUGGCCGAGAAGAAUCUACCUCAUUGGACGUCUUCAAGGUUUACUUCAAUCAUUCGUAAGAAGUCGGCAACCACAACUCUGCUGAUGUUCGUGAAGCAAGAGAGGAGCAGUACCCCCCUCCACUUGGUCACUUUAUUCCGAAGGAAAGCCACAUGACCUCAACUACUCACGGUUUGCUACAGAAAGGAGGGAGGCUGUUAUAUGCAAAUCUUACGGGAGGAUCUCCUGCAAAGAAAACUAGAACGAAUGAUGAUUGUGGUGUGGCUACUGCAGGGGAAGGGCAAAACUGUGUAAUGACGGAUCUCCCUCCAUUGGACUUAGCAAAAAGUCGAAAGCGAUCUCUGCUACAUCAGUCUAUGGGUAAACAGUUGUCGUUUGCAGGGCCAAUGAAGACUUUAUCAAAAA